AUGGAGGACCAGCUCAUCCAGGCGGUCGAGAUCGCCUCCAACCCGCUCGCCAAUGCGGGUCCCGACGUCACCUCACAGGCGCUACAGUUUCUCGAGCAUCUCAAGACCAUCACACACGAGAGCUGGAGUGUAGGCUGGUCCGUAUGGUCGGCGCGCAAUGCCGAGGACAACGGUCCCAAGUACAGCCAGAAUGCUCGCAUGUUCGGUCUCAUGCUCGUCGACGACUUUCUCAGCAACCGUAUCGGUAUGUCGAGCGAUCCAGCAGCGGCCGUAGCCUCGCUGCAACAGUCGGCCGUCGAGUAUAUUCAGAAGGAAUACAUUGCUGGAUCAGGAGACGGCUCCGUCCCAUAUAUCAAGAACAAGUUUGCUCAAGUUUUGGCUGUCUUGUUGCUUCAGACUUACAAUCUGCCGCCGCCCUACACCCUCCUGCCUACACUUCUCUCUAUGGUCAGCGCCCAUCCUUCCGCCUCACCAUCACGGGCCUCCACUUCUCAACUGCCACUCAACCCGCUCACCACCGACCUGGUCUUGCGAGUCCUGCACGAUCUCUCGAUCACCCUUGGCUCCGAUGUCACCUUGCGCGCGGUCCGGUCCAAAGAGCGUUUGCAAAGAGAUGCUGUCAUCAGGGACGAGAUCCGAGCCAAUCAUGCAUCCAACAUCGCCGAAACAGUCUGGCGCAUCGUCGAGGAGGGCUUCAGCCGCGUCAAUCUUGGGGAGCAGGCCAGUGAUCCCGCUACGUCAGCAGGCGUCCGCAGCAUGACCUUUGCAAGCGCCGUCGAGCUCACCGCUGCGGCGACAAAGAUCGUCGAGGACUACGUCUCGUGGAUCGACAUCAACCUCGUCGUCACCAACCAGACCGUACCAUUGCUUUUCAACGUAUUGCACCACCCUAUCCCCAAGAUGCGCACAGCGGCAGUAGACGCAUUGCACGGUAUCAUCAGCAAAGGCAUGAAGCCAGCUGACAAGCUCUCCCUCGCUCAAGCACUCAACCUUUCCGAUGUCAUCACGCCACUCGAAUCACGGACGCGUACCGGUCCCGCAGCCGAGAACGGUCAGAGCGAUACCAGCGAUUCCAACAUCGAGUUCCGAGAGCAUCUUGCUCACUUAACCAACGGUCUCGUUCUCGAGAUGUGCAAGAUCUUGGAAGAAAGUGCAGCAGAAGAGUCGACCAGGGCCUCAGCAGAAGCUCUCCUCAACUCGAUCCUGCCGCUCGUCCUCGCUUUCCUUUCGGAUGAGUACGACGAUGCAUCGGAGCAGAUGUUCUCGGGGAUCAACAUGAUCUUGGGCAUCUACAAAAAGGCGCGGCGACGAGGAGCCGAGCUCACGGGUCAGAGGGCGGAGUUCCUCUCCAGCCUCAUCGGUGUGGCCCUUCAAAAGAUGAAGUUCGACGAAGAGGCAGAGUGGCCUGCUUGCAGCUUCGGAGCAGCCGACGACGAGGACGACGAAGAUGAUGAGGAUGACAUCAAGUUCCUCGACAUGCGAAAGAGCUUGCAAACCAUCGUGGGCGGCAUUGCCGCCAUUGACGACAAGCUCUUCUCCAACAGCGUUGCCCAGCUCGUCUUGUCGACCUUUGCAUCCUUCGAAGCGAGCGCAUCCGGAUCAGGCCCUCAGCUUUCGUGGCAGCAGAUCGAGCUUGCGCUCUACGUGAUUCACUUCUAUGGCGACGUCAUGACCACAGCCACCGCAGCUCCCAAGGUUGGACUGUCGCCCGCCAUGUUCGUUCAAAGCCCAGAAGCUGGUUCCAAGGGACGAGCACCCAAGCUCGGCAACGAGGCGCUCGCAGCGCUACCACUCAGCAACCUGGGCGAGAUGGUGCAAAAGCUGGUGCAGUCCAACGUAUCGUCGUUUCCUCACCCUGCAGUGCAGCUGCAAUACUUCGAAUGCCUUGUUCGAUACUCGAACUUCUUUGCCGCCCGUAGCGCCAGCGUCUCGGACGCCUUGCCUGCCUUCCUGGAUUGGCGCGGAGUCCAUCACGAGAAGCUGGGCGUACGCAAGCGCGUCAAUUAUCUGCUCUGGCGCUUCGUGCGAGACCUUCGGGCCGUCGCCGCUGUGCCUCUGGACUUCGUGCAACGGCUCCUGCAGGGCCUGCAAGAUCUCUUGGUUGUACGUGCCGAGCUUCCCGAGGUCGGAGCAGAUGAGGAUCCGCUUGUCAAAGCAACCGCCCAUGCAGGCUACUUUGACAGUCAGCUUUACCUCUUCGAGACCAGCGGCAUGUUGAUCUCUCUGCUCAACACCGCUCCGAACGACCAGGUGGUGCUGCUCAAAGCCAUUUCGGAGCCGCUCAGCGAGCAGAUGCGACAAGCGGUUCAAGCUUUUCAACGCAACGCCUCCGAUCUCACCUCUGUACUGCAAGUACACCACCUCAUGUUGGCUCUCAGCAGCCUCUCGAAGGGUUUCCCGGAUCUCAACCCCAACAGCACGCAGCCCGAGCCGCAAUGGGUGAGCGUCUUCAAGUCCAUCACGGAGCAGGUGCUCGUGAGUCUCAGCUCGAUGAACCAGUUCUCGGUCGUUCGUGAGUCGGCGCGCGGUGCAUUCUCUCGCAUGGUCUCGACGUGCGGCAAGGCGGUGCUGCCCUACAUUCCGGGCCUCAUCGAUGCCUUGUUGAGCGAGGUGACCUCGCAGGAGCUGGUCGACUUUGUCAACUUCCUCUCGCUGGUCGUCAACAGGUACAAGGACGACGUCAAGGCCAUUGUCGAUCAGCUGUUCCUCCUCCUGGUGGAGCGCAUCUUCUACUUCCUCAACCAGGGUGUGACGGGCACGGAUGACGCGGUGCAAAAGUCGGAGCUGCAGAAGGCGUACAUGAACCUGCUCUCGUCGAUGGUGCAGUCAGGGAUGGAAGGCGUCUUUGUCUCGGACAAAAACGCCGCUCAGCUCGAGACAUUGCUGCAGAGCGUGGUGUUCUACUCGACCAACUCGGAUGCCGCUUGUCAACGCACUGCCUUCUCGAUUCUGCAUCGCCUCGUUGGAUCGUGGGCCGGCUCCACCAGCGCCACCGCUAAUGGCACCUCCUCCGCCGGCCUUCCAGGCUUCGAGCGAUUCAUCUACGAGACCCUCAUCGGGCUCAUCUUUGAAGCACCCACCAAAGAGGACUUUGACUUCAGAGAUGCCCAAGCUCAGAUCGUCCUCGGUGAAAUCGCCACCCUGGCCAAGACGAUCUACGCCAAGAGGGGCGACGAGAUGAUCACCUACCUUCUUCAGGUCUACUUCCCGAGCAUCAACUGUCCACCCGAGCUGGCGCAGGACUUUGCCCAGAACUUGAAGACGCUGGAGGCGAAGCCGUUCAAGAAGUACUUGGAGGCGUUCAUCCGCAAGUCAAGGGGAGGUUGA